AUGGCAUUCAAGUUUUUAAGUUUCCUCGCCCUGGUGGCAGCUGCCCGUGCAGUCGCAGUCAGUCCUCUGACUUAUGCUGCCCCAGCACCAGCUUUGGCUUACGCUCAUGCUCCAGCUCCAGCUUUGGCCUACGCUCAUGCUCCAGCAUUGGCUUACGCUGCUCCCGUUACCAAAACUCUGGUUGCUGCCCCAGUCGCCAAGACCAUCGUUGCUGAUGAGUACGACCCGAACCCACAGUACUCGUUCUCGUACGGAAUCUCCGAUGCUUUGACCGGUGACCAGAAGUCCCAGCAGGAAUCUCGCAACGGAGAUGUCGUUCAGGGUUCAUACUCCGUCGUUGAUCCAGACGGUACCAAGCGUACCGUCGACUACACUGCCGAUCCAGUCAACGGAUUCAACGCCGUCGUCCACCGUGAACCUUUGACCAAGGUCGUUGCUGCAGCUCCAGUAGUCGCCAAGUACGUCGCACAACCCGCUGUCUAUGCUGCCCCAGCCGUGACUAAGACUCUGGUCCAGCAACCCGUUGUCUACUCGGCCCCAGCCGUGACCAAGACCCUAGUCCAGCAACCCGUUGUCUACUCGGCUCCCCAACCUACCUACGCCUACCACCACUAA